UCUAUAUUCUUAUUGUCUAAUAUAACCUUUAUAACAUAGUAAAUUAAUAAAAAAUGUCUAUCAUAUGCAAUUUUUCCCAGAUAUAUACAUGUUUACGGCAUCAAAUGUUUCAAUCGCAUGCCUCUAGAGUUAUAUACUCAGUGAACAAAGCUAAGUUUCAUACUUAUAAAACAAACUAUGCGGCAAAAAAAACAACUAGUGCUGCUGGAGGUGUUCUAGGGUUGGGUAAAGGCAAGAAAAAGGCUGGCAAGCUAAGUACUAUGGAAAAGAAGGAGUUGCCAGUGGAAACAGAUCCAGAAAAAUUAGUCAAUUAUGUUUGCGGAUCCAAUAUAUAUGUUACCGGGGAAGAUGUACAGAUUAAACCGGACAGUGAAUAUCCUGAAUGGCUGUGGAGUUUGAACACUGGUAAAGCACCUCGCAUUGAAGAUUUAGAUCCAAACACAAAGCAGUAUUGGUUAAGAGUGCGUACAGAGGGUAUGAGACGAAACAAUCGUCUACGAUCUAUGAGAAAGUUCUAGAAGUAGUUUAUAGGGAGAAUUAUAAAGUUAAUUUUAGUCAUCAGUACAAUUACCUAAGUUUGAUUCGACUGUGCAUUCUUGUGGUAAGAGCAUUGCUGAUAACUUUCAGCCAUUAGAUUGUAUCAUAGAGGUUACUCGAGUCUGUGUUGAAGUAAAUAUGUUUUACAAAUAAAGCAUUGCAGAAACAA